GGGGAUGAAGGAGAGCAGACGUGGGGCAUGUAGGGGUAAAAGGGUGGUGGUGGGGGGUACAAUGGCUAACGGGGUAAUGGAGUGGAGCGGGGGGUCUGAAAGGGAAGGAGGGGAGGGGGUGCAGAAGGGAAGGAGAGGACAGGUUGUGGAAGGCAAAGGGGGAGAGGGUGCAGACAGGAAAUACUUCAGGGUGGGGAUGGGUGGUUGGGAAGCAAAGAAGGGAAGGGGGAGAGUGCACAAUGGAAGGAGGGAAGAGCCUGCAGAAGAUAAGGGAAGCGGUUCAGCAAGGGAAGGAGGGAAGGAGGAGAAGUUGCAGGAGGGAUGGAAGGUAGGUGGCACAAAUGAGGGGGAGAGGACGAACGUGGGCGGGGGGAGGGGUGAGAAGAGUGGGGGGAAAAGAGGGCCGGAAGGGGGGGAUGGAUGGCGGACGAAUAACGGGGGCAACGAAGGCGGAUGGAUAGGAGGGGAUGAAGAGGAGCGGACGGAUAUGGGGGGAUGUAGGGGGAAAAGGGUGGCGGGGGAGGGUACAAUGGCGAACGGGGUAAUGGAGUGGAGCGGGGGGUCUGAAAGGGAAGGAGGGGAGGGGGUGCAGAAUGGAAGGAGAGGACCGGUUGUGGAAGGAAAAGAGGGAGAGAGUGCAGACAGGAAAUACUUCAGCGUGGGGAAGGGGUUUUGGGAAGCAAAGAAGAGAAGGGGGAGAGUGCACAAUGGAAGGAGGGGAGAGCCUUCAGAAGAUAAGGGAAGCGGUUCAGCAAGGGAAGGAGGGAAGGAGGAGAAGGUGCGGGAGCGUCAGGAUGAUUCGGUAGGUGGCACAAAUGGUAAGCAAGGGAUGGAUGUGAAGGAAAGUUGGGAAGGCGUANGAAGGUGCGGGAGCGUCAGGAUGAUUCGGUAGGUGGCACAAAUGGUCAUUGAGGUGCUUGGUCCACUUCAUAAGCAAUAUAGGCUUGAGCAGGUGACUCAGCAACAACAAAUCAUCAGCCAAAAG